AUGUCUACGGCGGCGGCGGCGGCAGGAACAGUGCCUCGCUUCUCGGCAGGAUCGGAUGAGGCGGUGAUGUUGGAAAAGCUUCAGCCUCUGCUGUCUUCUUCAUCAUCGGCGGCCGGUGGUGGACGCUGGACGCUCAUCCCGAAUGGCCAGGGCCUUGAGCGGAGUUUCAAGUUCAAGACAUUUGCAAAGACCUGGGACUUCAUGACUGCCGUUGCACUGCAAUGUAAACUCAAGAACCAUCAUCCCGAGUGGUCCAAUGUGUACAAUACCACCUUUAUCCGCUGGACAACACACAGCCCACCGGGCCUGUCGGCACUCGAUGUUGAGCUCGCUGCUAUUUGCGACGGCCUCGCUAGAGAUUUUGGCGAGAUUGUCGAAAACGUGAAGCAGAGCGACAAUAGCUGCAGCUUGGGAAGACAGCUCGCCGAUACUGUGGCCUCGGGUGCAGGUGAUUGCUGCGUACCGAAACCAAAGGCGAACCCAAAGACUCAGUCGUAA